GCCACUUUACGCGUCAGUCACGCGACAUUGGUGCUAGGCCGUAUUUGGAUUAGCGGAAUCUGACGGACAAUAGUUAUUCCUCUACACGUGACUAUUACGUCAGUUAUUAUGUAAUAUAAUGCCAGAUAAGAUUUCUGAAGUUUCCUACUAUCAAAACGAACGUCGAGAAACAAAAAGAAACAACAAGCUGGCUUCAAUUCAGGCCAACGGGGGGCUCGCAGUCACUUUUCUCUCGAUACCCUGGUUUCAUGAAAGUCGGCUACGCGUGAUAUGCUAGGAACACGUCUCCAGUGACCUGGAUCUGUUCUUCUGAGAAGGCGCUCACUACAUCCAUUCGUGCCCGUGCUGAACCGAGUAUGGCGGCGAUUUGGGGCAACGCCGGUCAGGGCGGACAAUUACCGCUAGAACAGUGGUUCUAUGAGAUGCCGCCGUGCACAAGGUGGUGGACAGCUGCAACAGUGCUGACAUCGGUUCUGGUGCAAUGUCAUGUUCUUACCCCUUACCAGCUAUUCUACAGCUUCCGGUCGGUGUUUAUCAAGUCACAGUACUGGCGACUCGUUACAACAUUCCUCUAUUUCGGACCGUUAAAUCUAGACCUGUUGUUCCACGUCUUCUUUCUCCAGCGGUACUCACGGCUUCUGGAAGAAUCUGCCGGUCGUUCUCCUGCCUUUUUCUCCUGGUUGCUACUCUACGCAACGUCCAUACUACUCCUUGCCUCGCCAUUUCUAUCUUUACCAUUCCUGGGCUCUUCCCUCUCCGCUAGUCUGGUGUACAUCUGGGGCCGGAAGAACCCAGACACAAGGCUGAGCUUCCUGGGAUUACUCGUAUUCACAGCACCAUACCUGCCCUUUGUGCUCAUGGCAUUCAGCCUGAUUGUGCAUGGAACCAUUCCUAAGGACGAAAUAUGUGGUGCUGUGGUAGGACAUAUCUGGUAUUACUUCACGGAUGUGUACCCUCAAAUGUAUGGAGGGGUGCGGCCGCUAGAUCCUCCCGUCUGGUGGAGAAGAUUAUUCGAGUCAACCAAUACUCGGGAUCAACGAGCCACGAAUGCAGCCCAUAUAAACAACGACAUGGCUGCCAUUGCCGCUCGUGAAGUGAGAUAAUUUGUACAACGAUUCUUUGCGCCG